AUGGGGGCCCUAAAGGGGGCCCUAGCUGCCUCCUGUGACAAACAGGGGGAUUCCCAACAGCAGCAGUUGCAGCUGCAGCAGCAGCAGCAGCAGCAGCAGCAGCAGGCGCGAUAUCGAUUCUUCGCCUUGCUGCCACAUGCAGGAUCCUUCGUAUGUGCCUUUGCUGCCUUUUUUGCUGCUGCUGUCUGUCUUCAGUUAUUAUACCUGCUGCAGCAAGCAUGCAUGCAGCAGCAGCAAAUAUGUUUGCUGCAACAAACGUGUGUGCAGCAGCAGCAAACUGAUCUGCUGCAGCAGGUCGUAGCAGCAGAGGCACUUGCUGCUGCAUCACUUAUAGCAGCAGGGGGCCUCCGCUGGCUGCUGCGGGGGACCUACGAAGUUCAGCUGGAGCAGCAACACUGCAGCAGGAGCAGCAGCAGCAGCAGCGAGCUUCUUGCGAAUGCUUUUCUCUUUUCCUUGUCCUUGCUGGCUGUCUGCUGGGGUUCCUUUUCUGUCGCAUCUGCUGCUGCAUACUCUGCUACUGCUGCUGCUGCUGCAGCAGCAGCAGCAGCAGCAGCGAUCGGUGCAACAACUCUUGGCGUUGUUAUCCUUCCCAUGUCUUUCUCCCUUCGCAGCCGUAGUAGCAACAGCAACAGCAGCACCAGCAGCAGCAACAGCAGCAGCAGCAGCAGUACCAUCUCUCGGUGCAGAAAAGUGCACUUUUGUGCUGCUGAUCUUGUCUACGCUGCAGCAUGGUGUUGCUUGGAUGCUGCUGCCUUCAGCAGCAGCAGCAGCAGCAGCAUAAGCAGCAGCAUAAGCAGCAGCUCGAACAACACAUCCAAAGAGAAAGGCAGUCGCAAGAGCAUAAGCAGCAGCAACAGCAGCAGCAGCAGCAGCAGCAACAGCAGCAACAGCAGAUCGCUGUGUGUGGCUGUAACAGGGGCAGAUGGGGGCAUUUGUCUGCUGCUGUGUCAGCUGCUGCUGCAGCGGGGGUUUGCUGUUGCUGCUUGCUGCAGUGCAGCAGCAAAAGUCAAGGAGACUGCAGCACGGCUGCAUAAACAGACCUGUCCCCACUAUGGGAAGCAACAGCAGCAGCAACAGCAGCAGCAGCAGCAGCAACAGCAGCAGGCGAGGGGAGCCCACGGAGUCUCACCAGUGUUGGCUGCUGCCUCUGAUUGUUCUGUUGCUGCUGCUGUUGAUGGUGAUGCAUUAAUAGGUGAGGCAAUGGAGGAGUUUAAUGUCAACUUCUUUGGUAGUCUAAGGGUAGUGCAUGCGCUGCUGCCGCUGCUGAGGGGAGACAGCCUACCUGCUGCUGCUGCUGCUGCUGCUGGUGCUGCUGCUCCUGGUGCUGGAAAAUGCUCAACGACAGCAGCAGCAGCAGCAGCAGCAGCAAUAACAGCAACGGCAGAAGCAGAAGCAGCAACAGCUUCAGGAGGUCCGCUGGUGGCACCCAGCCGAGGUGCUGCUGUCCCCACAUCGUUUGCAGCAGCCGAUGCAGCAGCAGCAGCAGCAGCAGCAGCAGCAGCAGCAGCGCCACCGGAGUGGCGACUGGUGUUAAAGGAGUGUCUCCUAAGUUUAUUUGGUGUCUCCUUUUGUCUCCCUAGCCGCAUUAUAUUUGUUGGGUCUGCUGUUGCUGCUGCACCACCACCUGGGCAAGGUGUCUAUGCAGCAACAAAAGCAGCAACAGCAGCAGCAGCAGCAGCACUCAGUGCCGAGCUACGCAUGCAGAACAUCCGUGUUGUUUGUGUAGGUGAGUGCAGCAAACAAAUGAGCAGCAGCAGCAGCAGCAGUAGCAGCAGCAGUAGCAGCAGCACAAGCGGAACCAGCAGCAGUGGUAGCAUCAGCAAGGCCUGUAGCACCGAUAGCAGCAGCAGCAGCAGCAGCAGCAGCAGCAGCAGCAGCAGCAAGGGUUUGUGUGUCUGUUUUGUUUGA